AUGAAAAUUUAAAAUUUUAUAUUACUAAUCUGUAAUAUCACUCUAUGCUAUGCCGCAUUACCUAUCAAUGUUGGUGAAUUUUGGUUUUAAAUUACUGAAGACCAAAGCAUUAUUUACUAUGACUCUGAUUAAAGCCAAUGGGUAUACAGUAGAUUAAAUUAAAAUGGUGAUAUUAUUUUUUCAAUUAAGCUCAAAAAUUUUAACGCUAAAACUCAUUUAAAUGACGAAUAUAUGAUUGAAUCAGAUUAAUCAAGCCAUCGCUAUCUCUAUAUAUUUAAUUAUAAAUAAGGUAAAUACCAAAAAAUAGAUUACGACCUAUUAUUAUAAACACAAAAUGAUUAAGAAUUCGAUUGCAAAAAUAAAAUUUAAUCAUACGGAAAAAAAAGAACAAGAUACUUAAAAAGAUAUUUAAAUUAUGUGAAGUAUGAUGGUAGUUCUAUGAGCUUAAUAAGUAAAAAAUUUUCUCCUACUGAUGCACUAACUCUAAGUGUUAACUCUUUUUAGAAAUCUCCAUAUUACUUCUAAUAUUAAGAAACUUCUAGUAAUAUAGCUUAUAUUUAUUGGAAAGACAACAAGUAUCAAAUAAGAGGUAUUAAAAAAUCUCUCGUUAUUGAUUAUGAAAAUGAUAUAGUUUUGACUGAUGCCAGCAUAUUUGGAAAAUUUAGUUUUGAUAAGGAUGUUAUUGAAUUUAAAUAUUAAAUAUAGUUAUAAAGUGAUGUAAGCGAAAUAGCUUACACUGAAAUAUAUACAGUUAAUCAGGUUAAAUUGAUUGGGAUUUAUGAUUAAUCUCUAAAAUUUUAUGAUCUAAACACUUUUCAAGAAGUUAGCUUAAGUAGUAAUAGCGAUUAAAUUGGAUAAAUUAGUUAUUUUAACGAAUUAUUUUCAUAUAAAAAUUUAAUUAUUGUCAAAACUGAUGUGUAUAAAAUGAGUUAUGACCAAACAAGCAACCAAGUUACCUUAAAAAAAUUAAAGUCUCUUGAUAAAGAAUUAACUCUGAUUAACCAAACAUAAGCUAAUGCAAUAUGGAGAACUUCGUUUACAUAAGGAUAAACAUAAAUUUUGUAAGUUGCUGGCUAAAAUCAAAUAGCUUCUAUGGAAAGAAUCUUAUGUUAGGAUGGAUAAUUUUUGACAUCAAAUUCAGAUUGCAUAUAAUGCAAAACAGAUGAAAUAUUAAGGAAUGAUAAAUGUGUCAGCUGUCCUCAAGGUUCAAAAAAAUUAAAUAUAAAUGAUAAUAUUUGUUUUCCUUGCGAUUAGCCCACUGCCUAAAAAUCUUGUGAAUGCCAAAAUUACAAUUACUAAAAUUCUUCUCUAAAAUGCAUCGAAUGCUAGUUUGGUUAAUAAUUUAAUAAGACUAAAGACUCUUGCGAUUAAAUAUGUGAUGAUGGAAGUUUUUUUAAUGGCUCAACUUGCUAAAAAUGUACAACAAACUGCAUUAAGUGUUCGAGUGAUUAAAUUUGUGAUUAAUGUGAUGAAACAAAUGGAUAUUUUUUAGAUGCUAAUAAAUAAAAUUGCUUUAAGUGUGAUCAGAAUCUUAAUUAAAUUUUAAAUAAUCAGAAAAACGGAUGUGUUUGUUAAAAAGGUUAUUUUUUAGACAAUGAUUCUUAAUGCAAAAAGUGUAAAAAAGGGUGUGAUGAUUGCGAUAAAAACAAAUGUAAUUAAUGUGUCGCUGGAUAUUAUAAAAUGUAUAAAAUUAUUUGA